GUGCGACCGACGGCGACAAGCCUGUUUUCAUUCCCGCUCUUCGGAGGCCCGAAGGGGGCCCUCGCGUCGGUGCUGCCGGGUCGGCCGAUGACGACCGCGCCAAAACCGGGGCCCCCUGUGGCAACGGGGCCCCCUCCGCAGCCCGACUUGAGCCAUCUGACCGAAGAGGAACGCCGGAUCAUCGAGUCAGUCAUGGCACGGCAGAAGGAAGAGGAAGACCGCGAGAAGGAGAUACUCAGGCGCAAGCAAGACGAGGUCCAGCUCCUCGAACACGCCAUCGGGCAGCGCUGCGCCGAGCUGCGCAAGGUGGGUGGCGAGCAGCUUGUGGCCACGUGCCAGAUCUGUCUCAAGACCAAGUUCGCGGACGGCAUCGGCCACAUCUGCAACUACUGCGACAUCCGGUGCUGCGCCCGCUGCGGCGGCAAGGUGUCCCUGCGCUCUUCCAAGGUCAUCUGGGUCUGCAUCCUCUGCCGCAAGAAGCAGGAACUGCUCAUCAAGACCGGACAGUGGGUCCACAGCUCCCAGCUCAUGCCGCAGGCUCCGGGCGGUCAGGACGCGUCCGCGGCUCGGGCCCGGAGGCUCGAGCGAGCCCACUCGGCCGAAAAGGACAAUUACACGGCGCACGCGGCGCCUCCGGGCCUCAUGCGACUGGUGCACGGCGGAAGCCUACAGAGGAUCGGCAGUCUCCACGGCAGCGGGACAGGCGGCGGCGGCGGCGGCGGUGGUCGAGAACUGAGGCGACAGUACUCCUCCCAAGACCCGCCUUGUCAAGACCGCCGCCUCUCCGGCUGUGACCUUCAAGAGCGGCACCUAAGGUCCAGGGAACCGUCGCCCGAGCGGAGGUGGGGCCCCGUCGGCCGCAUCCUCCAGCAAACCCCUCUUCAGCAGCAGCCGCCUCAGCCGCUCGCGCAGCAAGGCAUGCUGCCCCCUCAUCUUCAGCAACAGUCCCAGCUACAGCAGCACCCGCAGCAGCAGCAACAGCAGCUGCAGCAGCAUCCCCAGCAACAGGUUCAGCUUCAGCAGCAGCAGAUUCAGCAUCAGCAGGUGGUCGCUCAGCAACAGCAGCAGCAACAGCAGCAGCAGCGUCGCAAGGUGGAGUCCGUGGUGCGCAACGACUCGCUCAGUUCGGAUCAGUCUGAGUGCGUGCGGCCUCCGCCCCCGAAGCCCCACCGACACAAGCGGGGUCGGAAAAUGCGGCAGAGGUCGCUGAGCUCGUCCGACGACGAGGUCAGGUCCACUCCAGACUGCUCCAGCUGCGAGGAAAGUGAGAGCGUGAGCGAAAAAGGUGACUGCGCUUAUCCGCACGCGGUGGCCGGCGGCGGCGCUCUGUCGGGCGCGGCGCACUCGUGCGCGGCCGUGCCCAGCAAGGCGGGCUGUCUGGGCGGUCCGGGCCACCCGCCGUUCACGGGAGGCAAGAAGACGGUGCGCUUCAAUCGAGACCACGGCGGCUGCAGGACGCCCCUGCCCGACGCCCUCACCAAGGACUCCGGCAUUGAUACCAGUAGUAGUGCCACUCUGAACGAGGAUCUGUGCCUUAAGCACCCGGCGUCGUGGAAGCCCUCUGCGGACGGGACCCGGAUGCUGGGCCACAUGAUCCUGAAGAAGAACCUGCAGGACGGCGGGGGAUCGAGCGCGGCCAUCCUGGGCCUCAAGGUGGUCGGCGGGAAGAUCCUCGAGUCCGGCAAGCUGGGGGCGCUCGUCGAGAAGGUCAAGAAGGGCAGCAUCGCGGACACCGUGGGACACCUGCGGCCAGGGGAUGAAGUGCUGGAAUGGAACGGCCGAUCCCUUCAAGGAAAGACCUAUGAGGAAGUGUAUGACAUCAUAUCAGAAUCUAAAAUGGAGAUGCAAGUAGAGCUCAUCGUUUCUAGGCCACUCAGCGAUGGCGGAAGGGGAGACACAUCAGACCGCAACAUGAGGAGGCAUGUCACAGGUCCUAGCAUGGGAGCCAGCACCACAAGGAGAGACGUAAAGAAACACGAGUACUCGGACCGGAGACCCAGCGUCACCGUGACCCCAGGCUCCCCGACGUUGGGCCACAGGCCCCGACGUUCCCCAAUUCUAGGCGGACGUAUCCGGAUCAAACUCGAGUACAACGCUCAAACACUGCAGUUAGUUGUUGUAAUUAUAUGUGCCACAGAGCUUCCACCAAAAACAAACGGCCAACCAAGAAAUCCCUAUGUGAAAAUGGUGUUGUUGCAAGAUAGGAGUGAGAAGAGUAAAAGAAGGACCCGGACGCUAGCCGGUACCAAUGAGCCGCGGUGGAACCAGAGGUUUUCCUACUCCCCGCUGCGAAAAAGUGACCUGAUAAACCGAGCUCUGGAAGUGACCGUCUGGGACUACGACCGCUACGGUGCCAACGACUUUCUCGGAGAGAUCGUUCUCGAGUUGGCCACGGCCAAUUUGCACGGCGAGGCGGAGUGGUAUCCGCUGGGCACUCACGACGAAAACCUAGGUGUACACUAUAAAAAUCGCAACAUGUAUUUAGACACGGAAGGAGCCAGCUCGGUGACCUCAUCCGACCGACUCUCGCCACCAUCUACGAUCUCGAGGCUUUCCGACAGUGACAUGUCGGAAAUCGACUACGACGAAGUCAUUCCCAUACUAAGAGACCGGCACAGUCUAGAAGGGCCAAGCCUAGGGGUGUCCAUGGGGGAGGGCAGCCCACCGUUGGGGGGCUUCGGCGACCGCCCCACCAGGAGGGACAUGCCGCCCGCGCAUCGGCGCCACCGGUCGGGCUCCAUGGCGAUGCCCGGUUCUUCCAGGGAACCGCAGGGGAUGUACCGGGGACCCCCGUCGGGGUCAAGGUCAAUGGGGGGCACCGUGUCCAUGGGGCGCCUCAUGCAGUCCAGUUCGAGGUCACUCUCGCCACCGGACAUCAGGUCUCCCAUGGAAGAGGAGCCGAUGGGGGGCAGCGGGGGGCGCAUGUCCCACUCCCUCGGGGGUACCCCCACGGGAACGCCCACGCCCAAGAAGCGCCACCUGCCCCAGAUCCCGCCGGGCAUCAGGAGAACGGGGGGUAACCGCGACCAGAUAACUCUCGACCUCGAGGAAAGGGCGCGGCAACUCAAGCUGCGCAUGCAAGUGCAGCAACGGCGAUCCGGAGCCAUGACGCCCGUCGGGAUGUACUCGGACAGCGAGGUGACCUCCCGGCACCACCAGUCCCUCGACCAGCCCCAUCACCAUCACCACCACCACCACCAUCGAGGCACUGCGGCGGGGCUGCACCAGCUUCAACGCGGUGCCAGCGGCCGCGGUGUGGUGCCGGUGGGAGGCCCCCGCGGAGGGGGAAGCCGCCUGGCCGCGGGCCUGGGCCUGGGCUCUGCCCCCAUGCUCAGCCCCGAGGGUGGGGACCUGGCGGGAGGUGCUGGGGGAGGGGGAGAGAGCGACGGCUCGGAGACGAGUUCAGUGUCCAAGUUCAGCGUCACCAGUGCCUUCUCGACGCAGUCGGAGCGGCCGCGUAGUAGCAGGACGCUCAGCGAGUUCACGUCGCGCAUGCAAAGCUACGGGCCUGUGCACCCUGUGAGGCCGGCCUCUAGCGCCGUCCUGGGCCGGAGCAACAGCGAGGGUGGUCCGUCCUCUGAGGACAAGGUGGACGGCAGCCUCUCCGACACGGCCAUCGGGUCCCUCACCGAGAAGGCCGGGGACCGCCUGCUGUCCGCCAACGUCCGCGCUCAUCCUGGUCAGAAAAAGCGGCUGGGGUUCCGCCGGAAGCGGUCUUCGACAUUAUGCAUCCACCGGAGUGAAGAAGUGGCCCCCGAAGAAGUCCGGCACCUAGUCCGGCAAGCGAGCAGCGUCUCCUCUGACGGAGAGGGCAGCUUGAGUGGAGACAGCGCCACGUGGGUGCCUUCUCUCAGGCUGGCCCCCGAGGGAGAAUUUGCCCAGUUUGUGGACAAGCUGGGGCCCGGGCAACUGGUGGGGCGGCAGGCCUUGGCCUCGGCCAUCCUGGGGGAGGUGCAGGUCAGCCUGUGUGACCGCAAGACCCACCUCGAGAUCGAGGUCAUCCGGGCCAAGGGGCUCCAGCCCAAGCCCAAUGCCAAGCUGCUCCCUGCACCCUAUGUGAAGGUGUACCUGAUCAAUGGCAGGAAGUGCAUAGCCAAGGCGAAAACGGCGACUGCCCGGCGGACGUUAGAUCCACUCUACCAGCAGGUGCUAAUAUUCAACGAGGACUAUCGAGGUUGUGUGCUGCAGGUGACCGUGUACGGAGAGUACGGCCGCAUGGACAAGAAGGCGUUCAUGGGUGCCGCUCAGGUGAUGCUGGACGACCUGAACCUGACCAACAUGACCAUCGGGUGGUACAAGCUGUUUCCCCUCACGUCGCUGGUCAUGGCACCAGCCUCGCAAGGAAACUCCCUCGCCUCCAUGGACAGCUUCGGCUGAGAUCGCCGUGGGGACGCUCGCGCGACACCUUCUCCAACACGUGUUGUGCUCCCGCGACUCUCUCUCUCCCCCCACCCUCCUUGUCUCCGCCACCGAGGCGAACAGGAAGGAAGGAUGACGGCUAGGACAGUGACUGCGGCCACGGAAAGCGGGUCGCGGCUACGGAGCUGCCGUUCGCGGCAAGCGCAACGACGAAUUCCGUCGAAACGACGGAGAAACCGUAAACGGAUCCUGUCAAGACGACGGGGGGGAAGCCGCGAGCGGAUUCCGUUGAGACGACGGGGGAAAACGCAGACGGAGGGAGGUCCUUUCACGGCACUGCGGUUGUUGGAUGGGGAUUUUGAGAGGGGAUGCUCUACGAGGACGUGCGAAUUUGUUUUCUUUUUUUCUAAUAUUUUAUGAGUUUGGAAGUUGGAGUGUCGUCUCUCUCUCUCUCUCGUCCAGCUGGGCCAAAGAACAAAAGGGCGAGAGCGGACCACAAGGGGGCAGUUCGAAGUGCCCAGAUUCCGAAAGCGGCCCGAUAGAGUCGUUCCCGCCAAAAGGGGAGGUAGCGAGGAGGCGGCGGCUGCACAAAAAGAGAUGCUCAGAGUAUAAUGUAUAUAUAUUACGCGUCGUAAUAUAUAAAUAUUAUACGCUUAUAAAAAAAAAGAAGAGUGCAAGAAAAAAAAAAGAAAACUGAUUCUGAGUUUCCGAGGUCGACGGCAAAUGAAAAAAAAAAGAGCAUGAUUUCUUUUUUGGGUUAAACACGUCUCCUUCUCUUCCGUUUUAUUUCUUUCGGACUGAGUUUUUCAAUGCCGAAGCUUCUCUCUCCUGUUUUGAGAGAAAGUGCCUGUUAUGCUCUGUGCAUACAUCUGUGUCUUUUGUGCCGUUUCUAGUCAUGCCUAGGAAACAAAACAACAAAAAAAAAAACUGUCCGUGUGUUCUACUACCGAGCAUAAAAAGACUAAACAAACGGGAAAAAAAAACAAAAAAACAAGACGCUAGGAGGUCGAGCACGGGCCGAAAACAUCAUCGUCAUCACCGCCGCGAAUUCACCACAUCAUCUUGAGCGCGAAAAGAAAAAGACGACAAAAAAGGUGUCCUGGUCGUUUGUUUUUACUAUGAUUGUUGAUGGUGCAGUUUCUUGUGCGGCACUCUCAAUUUUUCUGUUAGUGAUGCCGUCGCGCGUGAUGCGUGAAAGAGGUUGUCUAACUGUGUAUAAAAAGAAAAACUCACUGCCCCUCUGGUUCACGGGCAUUGUUUUAAUAGCUUUGCAUUGGACGAAACAGGCCCUUCCCCCUUUUUAAACGUUGUUGUUUUACGAAGGAAAAUGUGUCGCUGAACGUUUCUCAAUGGCGUCGUUUGUCGCUGCAUUUUGAAUUUUACGCUAGUCGCCUACGACACAGAAGAGAGAAUGGUAUGGUUUAGGCACCCUCGUUUUUAUUUGUGUCGUAUCAUCCAUCAGCUGUGAGCGAAAUCUUUUUAUCUUGUUCGAGUCUUUGUUUUUACGGCUUCCGGCGCAAGCGAUCACUGUACACAAUAGCGAACCCACUGUGACGAGAAACGUUGUUUAGAAAACCAUCGCUCCAUUUGUUCGUUUUUCACGAGUGUUUGGGACACAAAUGUACUUUUUUAUUUUUUUUUCAAAGACCAUGCUGCUCCCUACUACUAUAAUAAUACUGCUAGUAUAACUACUACUAUUACAACUUCUACUACUACUGUUACUAAUAUUACCAUUGUUAUCAAACAAUAGUACUAUUGAUCACAACGCCAAUACCGAGCGCUGCCCGCUUUCAAAGACUUGACUGAACAAAAAAAAAAAAAGAAAAGAUCCAAGCUGACCUAAACCGUUUUUUGAAA